AUGGCCAGUUGGCAGCUAAGAGCGCCUGCUCUUCCAGUCCUGGUCCCAUUCAGGCCUUUUACUGGGAGCCGGCCAUGUCGACGCGAGCCCUGGCUGGGUUUGCUCAGCCAGAGGGAGCGAUUCCUGCCAGCGCGGACCUUUCGUGGGCGGCGGAGUCGCGGGGUAUCCCCGAGGCUGGCGUUAUCUCUGGCUAUCGCCGUGAUCCUCGUCAAGCUCCUCUUGACAGCGCACGGCCACAGCCAUGGCCACCACUGGCACCGAUGGUGGCGGCGAAAAAGGCACUGGUGGCCAAGCCGUGAGCGCCUGGCUCUCAUGGCGGCGUUGCUGCUGGCCUGGCGCGCCGCCCAGCAGAAGACCAAACAGUCACAGCCACGUAGGAGGAGGUCAAGGCCGCUCAAGCAGCCGAACGACACCUCGAGAGACGCGCAAAUGAAGAAGCUGAAGACUGCCGUCCGGGAAGGGGAUGCACUUCGAGCUGCCAUCUUGCUAGAGACCUGGGGUCAAGGUUGGGCGCCUCUGACGCGGGCAGACUUGCAGGUGCUGCUGGAGGAGGCAGCUCGUUUUGCGCCUGUGCCGGACCUGCUCCGUGCGCUGGCUGAGCAGCUCGCGGCGAUGGGAGUUCCUUUGGACUGGUCGCUGCAAAACGACUGCCGCGGUAAUUUUGGUCGCUAUGCCUUAGACGCCGCCUUGGAGGCUGUGGUGCAGGAGUCCCGCAGCGAGAAUGCCGCGCUGACUUUGCUCAACAUCGGGCAGCGCAGCAACCAAGGGGACACCUCGCAAUUGGAUGCUGACCCCUUGCUGCGUGUGGCUGCAGCUCAGGGUAUGACUCGGCUUGUGGAGCGCUUGGUCCAGGAAUGCGGCGCAGAUGUCAACGCCAAAGAUCCGCGUUUUGGCAGCAUCGCCCUGGAUCGAGCAGUAGAUGCUGGCAAGGAACAGACAGCUCUGAAGCUUCUGCAGCUCGGCGCGGACGCGAGCUGCGGCAAAGGGGUGGACUACCUCCUGACACGUGCAAGCCCACAGGUUCGCGGCCAGCUCCCGUUGGCAAAGGCGCCAAAGACAGCGCCCGUCAGCGACAUCACGGAGGACGAGUUCCAGGCCCUGCGCAAGCUGCAAUCCGAGGAGGCCGCCCUGGAGGAGCUGAAAGGGAAGAGGCUGUCCAAAGUGCAGCUGGCUCAGCUCUUGGAGGAGGCUGCCAGGAGAGCCGUUUCCGAGGCCAGCUCCUGCAGCAACUCCUGCAGGAGCUGCAGGAACUGGGCUGCGACCACGGCUGGCAUCAGGCAGCAGCCUUGGAUGCAACCUUUGCACGGCGGCCGCUGGAUGCAGCGCUGCAAACAGCAGUGGAGGAAAACCCUGACCCGCGCGCAGCCGAGCUUUUGCUUCGCCUGGGGCUCCAGGAGACAAAGGGCAGGCCAUCGUGCUUGA